GGCAGCGGCUGCGCCCUGCGCCGGGGAGGAGCCGGGGGCGGGCGGCCGGCAGGCGGGGGCUGGGGCCCGAGGCGGGGAGUGCCGGAGCGCCCGCGGCGACGACGGCAGCGGCGGCAGAGCAGGCUCCGUGCGUGGGUCCGCGGCGGCUCGGGGUCCGCCCGCGGGCCGUAGUGUGAGCGGGCGGCCGGGCUCCCUUCCUCCCCCGCCCGCUGCCGCCGCCGCCGCCACUGUGAUUGGGUGGAAGAUGGCGCUGGGCGGAUGGAAAUCCUAAUGACAGUCUCCAAAUUCGCCUCCAUCUGUACCAUGGGCGCCAAUGCCUCGGCAUUAGAGAAAGAGAUUGGUCCAGAACAGUUUCCAGUCAAUGAGCACUAUUUUGGAUUAGUCAACUUUGGGAAUACCUGCUACUGCAAUUCAGUUCUUCAAGCACUUUAUUUUUGUCGUCCAUUUCGGGAAAAAGUUCUAGCAUACAAGAGUCAACCUAGGAAGAAGGAGAACCUUCUUACAUGCUUAGCAGAUCUGUUCCAUAGCAUAGCCACUCAGAAGAAAAAGGUUGGAGUAAUACCUCCCAAGAAGUUCAUAACAAGAUUACGGAAAGAAAAUGAGCUUUUUGACAACUACAUGCAGCAAGAUGCCCAUGAAUUCUUAAAUUACCUACUAAAUACAAUUGCUGAUAUUUUACAAGAAGAGAGAAAGCAGGAAAAACAAAAUGGCCGUUUACCUAAUGGUAACAUUGACAGUGAAAAUAACAACAGCACACCAGACCCAACUUGGGUUCAUGAGAUUUUUCAGGGAACAUUAACUAAUGAAACCAGAUGUCUUACUUGUGAAACUAUAAGCAGCAAAGAUGAAGAUUUUUUAGACCUUUCUGUUGACGUGGAACAAAACACAUCAAUUACUCACUGCUUAAGGGGUUUUAGCAACACAGAAACUCUGUGCAGUGAAUACAAAUACUACUGUGAAGAAUGUCGCAGCAAACAGGAAGCACACAAACGGAUGAAAGUUAAAAAACUGCCCAUGAUUCUAGCUCUACAUCUGAAGAGAUUUAAAUAUAUGGAUCAACUUCAUCGAUACACAAAACUUUCUUACCGGGUAGUCUUUCCUUUAGAACUUCGUCUCUUUAACACUUCAGGCGAUGCAACCAAUCCUGAUAGAAUGUACGACCUUGUUGCUGUUGUGGUUCACUGUGGAAGUGGUCCCAAUCGAGGCCAUUAUAUUGCAAUAGUUAAGAGUCAUGAUUUUUGGUUGUUGUUUGAUGAUGAUAUUGUAGAAAAAAUAGAUGCACAAGCUAUUGAAGAAUUCUACGGGUUGACAUCAGAUAUCUCAAAGAACUCUGAGUCUGGUUACAUCCUUUUCUAUCAGUCUCGGGACUGAGGGGGAACCGUGAUGAAGAGAUUUCUGCCUCAUUUCUUCUCUGGUUAUUUUGGAAAGGAUCAAGCACUGAUUUUUCAAGAAAAGAGAAAUGCAGGAAGCUCAGGGGGCAGUAGCACACUUUGCACACAAUAAAGCAAAGACUGUGGAUUAACAAGCUCUUCCUAUCAUGGUAGUUGAUUUAUUUGCUCAGGUAUCAUGCUGUCUGUGCAGUUCUACACAACAAGGAAGUGAAAUCAGAGAUAGCAGCUCCUCUUGUAAAACAGCCUUCCAGUAAUUGACAUGCAUUUGCUCUUUAUUAAUGGCACCAAUAAUGAUUUGAACUCCUGGGGGUGCAGCAGAAAGAAGAGGAAUCUGUGCUGGGUGGUGUUGAUAAUUUAAGGAGAUGACAGUGAACACACUGCGUCAAUUUGCCCGGGUUGAAUUAUGUAUAGAAAGAAUAUUUGGUGGUCUUUUCAAGCAUAAACCAGAAAUACUUUUGGGCCCAACACUUGCAGUUGCCUUCCUGAUGAAUAAAAACUAACAGAUGCUAGAAUCCAGUGCCAGGAAGACAAAUAUGUUUUGCUUCUCUGAAGAAGCUUAUAAUAAUAUACAGUAUAUGUAUAUGUAGGGAACAAUUGGUCAAAGGUGGCUUUUUGUUUCCCCGAGGGGAAAGACUGGCUUUGUAAUUAUAAUUUUUUUCCUUAUUUAUUUUACUUAAAACUUUUCGAGUCUAAGUAUUGUAUGAAGUGCCCAUGAUUCUGUCAGUAAAUUGGAGCAUAUUUUUACCACUUUUUGUCAGUUUAACUAGUCCUUUUGUUUGUUUCUAUUUUUAAGGUGAAUUUUAAACUAUUUUAAAUCAGUAAGAUACCUUAAGAAAAAUUGCUAUGAGAGGAGGUAAAUAUUCUUUUUCAGGAGGAACUGAUAUCUCUGGCUAAAUAUUUGUCCUUUUGUUAUAGCUCAUAAAUCAGUUAUUUCAUUCAGCUUUAAUUUCAGUAAAAUAAGAAACUAUUAAAAAUUCCCUAUGGUUGUUGGAAUGAUCAAAGAAAUUCUGGUGUGGUGCUGGUAUACCAGUCUUUAGAAUUCUUAAAUACUCUAAUAUUUCAAGUUGAGGCCAUAUUUGGAAAAUUUAUGUCAUAGCGAUUAUGUUAUUUUCAAGUGUCAUUCUUUACCUUGGAAAGAAGUCAUCGUUCAUCGUAACCCCAGCAGCCUGGGUAGCUCACUAACAAGCCCUUUGAAGAUCAAAUUUUAAUGAAGUAGACCAGGAAUAUACAAGCAGGUCCUUUUCCCUCCCUCCCCCACCUUUACAAAUCUUGCUGGAAGAGUGUUUGGAAAUUAAACUUUGUUUGUUAAGACUCCUGUUGGGAGUUUUAAGAAGUAAUGUAUGUCAUGUAAUGUGUGUAAAUUAUCACAGUUGACACUUUUCCAUGUAUCAGUAAGUUCUCUGACAGUGGCCGAAAGUCACUUGCAGAAAAUAAUUGAAUAUACAGAAUAAUAGCAAUCAGGCUGUGGAUAUUCUUUAUCAAAGUCUUUUCAGGCAGUAGUCUUUUUUUUAAUUGCUGUAAUUUUCUAAACUUAUUUUACUAAUACUGUUGAAGAUGAAAACAACAAAAAAGAAUGUUUUUGUCUGCUGCUAUUCUUAACAUUUAUUAUUUGUAUCUUUUAGCUCAGGAAAUGACUUCACCUAUUCGUUCCAUGACCAUAUCUUUAACAGGGUCAUUUAGCUAACUGGGGUGUUUAACAGAUGUGCUGGGAGAAAAUCAUGAUGUAUUUUGACAAAUUGCUUUUUAAGGUAUAGUUUCUAAAAUCAGGGUAACCUGGUUGGAAUUGUUUUGUACAAAUUACAUAGCCUGCCUGAUCUACCAACAUUGCACAGAGAAUCACAACCAAGAAUGUGGGAAGGUCAUAGCAGUGGACCUGGAUACAUUUUUUAUUUUGAGGGCUUAAACCAAAUUGUCUUGGAAUUUAAAGCUGUAUUUCUGUAGCUUUCAGUACAGAGGAGAGAAAAGUGAAGCUGAGUCAGUUUUUACAUGAGUCAGGCCACAGCAUGUAUAAGAAAGAUAGAUGAAGUCAUUUGCAUAAAGGUACAGCGUUGGAAUACUAUGUUGUGUUUGUUAUUACAUUGUGCAUUUUAAAACCACAGUAAAAGCCCAGGAUACAUUUCAUAGUAGAGCAAGCUGUAGCAUUUUUAUUGAGUUCCAUGGUAGUCACACACUGUUCACAUCUACACCAUGUUUAAUAGUAUGGUUGGUCAGGGGAGGGACUCGGGGGUGCUGGUUCUCAAUUUACAUGUACUGAGUGCAGCUGCAGCUAAGUACAAUGUUUGGAAGCUUAUCAGAAACAAUCUACUUUAAAAACACGUCGGGUUAGGCUUGGGGGGAGAAUGCGGACAUAGUAAGAGGGACCCAUGCAGAAAGCAUUGUGAAGCUGGCUGUUGGAUGGCUGGGGUUGAAAUGAGGGGCGGGUUUAAGUUGUAAAUGAUGGCUGAUUGCUAUCUAUGUACAUGUUUGUUGGGAUGGCUGUCCCAUAUUUUGUAUAUUGGAAUAAAAAUUUCUAUAAAUUAUCAUAACUAAAAGUAAAUAUUCUAAAUUAAGUCUCACUUCUGAGUCAUAUGACUUCUGUCUUAGAAACUUUACCUUUAGAAGAAUUCUUAAGACAGGAGCCGUGCGACUUCAAGAAAAGGG